AUGGCCAUCAAAUAUUUGAUCCUGCUCUCACGGCAGGGCAAGGUGCGCCUGGCGAAGUGGUUCACCACCCUCGCGCCGAAAGACAAAGCCAAGAUCGUGAAGGAUGUGUCGCAGCUCGUCCUCGCUCGCCGCACUCGCAUGUGCAAUUUCUUAGAGUACAAGGAUACCAAAGUCGUAUACCGUCGCUAUGCUUCCCUUUUCUUCAUCGCCGGCUGCGAUGCUACGGAUAACGAGCUCAUCACCCUCGAGAUUGUGCACCGCUAUGUAGAACAGAUGGACAAGUACUACGGCAACGUGUGCGAGCUGGACAUCAUCUUCAACUUCCAAAAGGCCUACUUCAUCCUCGACGAACUUUUGCUUGCCGGGGAGCUCCAGGAGAGUAGCAAGAAGAAUGUCUUGAGGUGCAUAGGCCAGCAGGACAGUCUGGAAGACAUGGAGUACCUAGAUCUCUGCACGCUCCACGAGGUGAAUCAAGCCCUCAAUUUCGACACCGACGACACCGCCGUCCUCGGCGGCUGCGACCUCUACACCAUCAAGGCCGCCGGUAGCGACAAGAAGCUGUACAAGCGCAUCGAGACCACCCUAGAAGAGAGGUACAAGGAGCUGGAAGAUGCCGUGAAAGGCAUGUCCAUGUCCCCACAACUCGCCGCCGAGAUGAACCUCGACCGGAACACGCCCUUUGGCAGCUUCAAGGAGCCAUGCAACCGACACAAAUUCGCCUACUUCAUCGCCACCCUCAACGCGACGCACGUCGACUACGACUUCGCCAACACGCUCAACACGGACGAGUUCCGCCGCGAAACCAUGCACGAGUUCAUGCGCACCAUCGACACGGCCAUGCGCAACCUGCGCCCGCAAUUCUACACCCAAAACCUCUCACCGGGCACCAUCACGCCGCUCGGCUCACCCGUCUGGAACCCGCGCUCCUGGCAGCUGCUGGACAGCGAAAUCGACCUGAAGAACUGCGAAUUCUACGCGUGGGAGCCGACGGACGACCCGUUCGCCGACGACGGCGCCAUCUGGACGCACCACCACUUCCUCUUCAACAAGGAGCGCAAGCGCGUCUGCUACUUCUACCUGCGAGGGAUAAGCGCCCUCUCGAGUAGUCCCGCUCCCGCCGUCUCCCUCAUGACGCGCUUCAAGCAGUCGCAGUACGAGUCCAGUCCCAAUGCCGCUAGUAGGAAGCGCACAGAGUACUGGCUCGGCCAUCGCGCUCGGCGCGGUCUGCAGUAUUACGGCGAGAGCGACGAGCUGGAUAAUAUGGUGAUUGAUCAUCCGGAAGAUGUGGUGGAUGCGGACGAUGUGGUGGACUUGCGGGAGAGGGAGACGAGCCUGGAUGCGGAUUAUUGCGACAGCGACGACGAGAGCGAUGUCGGGUCCAUUCGGCAGAGGGAGAAGAGCGCCGCGCGGCGCAUGAGUGAGAAUUUCUUCGGCGCGAGGAUGGAGCUCGUUUGA